CAACACAUGGCGGACAAGACGCUGUCCUCGCGUCAGAACGCCAAAGGGCAUGGGGACUGACCGAUGGUAAUCUUCUCCGACCAGUGGGUUUACACGUCUCUCUGGUGGAAACUGAUGUGGGUUGGAAGCCCGACCGUUGGUCGUUGUCGGAAGCCUGGAUGGUCAAUACCGAUGAGUUCCCCUAAAGCUUUUGAAUAAACUGGAAAUCGUCUGUGUACAUGAAUUUUGUUGAGGGAUUGCUUGUUAAUGACAAGAAGAGAAUACCCUCAAUCGUAUAGGCAGUAGCAUUUCUCCGAAUUUGGGAUGUCAACCAUGUUAAUUUGCUGCGGGGCAGCUAGGAGCCCCGUCGUGGUCGUUUCUCGCCCUGGUCUGCGGCUUUCCGGAUCCAAUUCAAGUGCCUGCCAAUCUCUGAACGUUCCCAAGCUUCUCCCCAGCAAGAAUUUAGGUCUAGGGUUCCAUAACAAGGGUCGUGUGUUGCGGAGAGAUUUCGGUGGAGUACCUCGCAGGAAUGAUUUUUUGUGUGAUGGUGCCGAUGGAGGAAACAUACUGGAAGCAACUCGUGCACUCAAAGCCAAUGAAAACAGCUUUAACACCAGCAAAGCUCCCGAUGCGCGCUUUUGCAAGGUCUUGUUGGGCGCGUCAGUGGCUGCCCGAGUUGUUCUCGCUUUCAGUUCGCAGCAUUCACAAUCCUCGACAAGCAGCCACCAUGAUCAUGAACAUCUUCAUUCCUAUGACGAAGAAGAGAAAGGAACGGAAGAUCAUGAUCACUCCCACGGAUCGUGUGACCACGACCAUGGCCACGACCAUUCUCACUCUCACUCUCACUCUCAUUCGGAACAUCAUACACAUUCUCAUGGUUGUAGUCAUAACCAUGGACGUCCGACUUCCUUGAACGCUAUUCAGAAGCUGAUAAAGAGGACGUCAGAGGUACUUGGGGUUGCGGCAAUUGCAGAUGCUUGGAGAGAAAACCUUACUAUUGUAUGCGUCUCCACGGUUCUUUUGUUGCUAGGAGCCGCUUUACCUUUGGUUCUUCCUCAGGCCGCUUCUUACCAAAAUCUUCUCGUGAUUCCCGCACUUCCAUUAACAGGGGUACCAGCUGUGUUAGAUGCAUCCAUUGAUGUGGCUGGAGGAAAGGUUGAUAUUCAUGUUCUAAUGGCAUUUGCAGCCUUAGCAUCAGUGCUUAUGGGAAGUGCUUUGGAGGGCGGCCUACUUCUUGCAAUGUUCGGUUUGUCCCAUCUUGCGGAGGAACAUUUUACAGAGAAAGCUAUGGUAGAUGUGAAGGCAUUGAAAGAUACAAAUCCAGAAUAUGCGCUUGUUUUGGAUGAUUUUGAUCCCAAAAAAAACCCGCCGCUUACAUCAAUUCCCUACAAAAAACUGCCUGCGAAAGAUGUUGCUGUGGGUUCCUUUUUGUUGAUUAAAGCUGGUGAGGUAGUUCCAGUGGAUGGAGAUGUAUAUGAAGGGAAGGCUACAGUGUCUGUAGAGCAUCUAACAGGAGAGGCUACUCCUUUGGAGAAGCACCCAGGUGAUACUAUCCCUGGUGGCGCCCGCAACCUGGAUGGACUUAUGAUCGUGAAGACAACAAAGGCUUGGUCGGAGUCGACAGUGGCUCGAAUAAUGAGAUUGACCGAGGAGGCACAAUCAAGCAGGCCAAAGCUGGAGCGUUGGCUAGAAAAAUUCACUGAACGUUACAGUCAAUUUGUGAUGGCCAUGUCGGUUGCUGUUGCUUUUCUCGGGCCUGUCUUAUUCAAGUGGCCUUUUCUUGGCUCUCCAGGUGUACGAGGAUCCCUUUAUAGGGCGCUGGGUCUGAUGGUAGCUGCUUCACCUUGUGCUUUAGCUGUUGCCCCUCUUGCGUAUGCAACUGCCAUCAGCGCUUGUGCUAGGAAGGGUGUCCUUUUGAAAGGAGGAGAAGUCCUAGACGCGUUGGCAGCCUGUGAUACUGUGGCGUUUGAUAAGACUGGAACUCUCACUACUGGAGAACUUCGGUGCAAGGCCAUUGAGCCACUUCGUGGCCAUCAGUCGUCCUCACUUGCAUGUUGUACUCCCAAUUGUGAAGGGGAGGCGCUUGCCGUAGCCGCCGCGAUGGAAAGGGGGGCAACUCAUCCUAUUGCUCGGGCUGUUGUAGACCAUUCACAUGGGAAGAAUCUUCCAGGGGUUGAGAUUGAUGACUUUGAAUCCAUUCCUGGACAAGGUUUAGCAGCUGUUGUGAACGUAGUGGUCGGAGAAAGAUCAAGUCAAAAAGCACGCUUGGGCUCUUUGGAGUACGUGGUAUCCUCAGAAUCAAGCUCUUCUGAGGCUGCGAAGAUAAGGGAAGCUGCUAGCAAUUCUGCAUACAGCAAGGAACUAGUUCAGGCUGCGUUAUCCGUUGACAAGAAGAUCACGCUAUUUCAUUUUGAGGAUGAAUUGAGGGAAAAUGCAACUGCUGUAGUAAGAAUUCUGAAGGAGCAAUGUGGUCUACGCUUGUUAAUGUUGACUGGAGAUAAUGCAACAACUGCAGAGAGAGUGGCAAAAACAGUUGGUAUUGAUGAAUUUCAUGCUGGAUUGAAACCAGACGAUAAGCUAUCGCAAGUACAGCGUUUGAGACAAGAGAAAGACUGCGGAGGUCUAGUGAUGGUUGGCGACGGAAUCAACGAUGGCCCUGCAUUAGCAGCUGCAACGAUUGGGAUUGUUCUUGCACAGAAUGCUAGUGCAACCGCUGUGCAAGUGGCAGAUGUGCUUUUAGUACAGAAUGCUAUUGAUGGUGUACCUUUCGUUAUUACGAAAGCUCACCAAACAGUUUCGUUGGUCAAGCAAAACGUUGCGCUUGCAUUGUUUUCUAUUAUCCUCGCUGGUCUGCCCUCAGUACUGGGAGUUCUCCCUCUUUGGCUUGCGGUACUUAUGCAUGAAGGCGGUACUUUACUUGUAUGCGUGAAUUCUGUGAGAGCAUUCAGGAAUCCUUCCUACAAAUUGGGACGCUGGAAACUGCUGCAACAAUUCAUCUCCUUAUUCACAACAAACCCGAAGGGCACCAAAUCCUCUGCUCCAACUCCUUCUGUCGCUCCAGCCUCAUCUUAAAGAUAAACAAAAAUCAGGUUACGUGCGAUUACCGAAGUGUCUUAAGACAUAGGGGAGCCGUGGGAAAUAUAGUGUUGGUGAAGUCCAACUUCUGUAACGUUAUUGUAGAUUAUGAUUUCUUCAUUCCUUUGUCAUCGUUUGCAUUGAAUCAAGUCCAUAGCUGUAUCCUUCACAAGAAUUGUGAUUAUGAAUUACCAACUUUGUGGAGGUUGUAAAGUAACCUCGUUAUCUGAGUCCUGAGCCUUGAGCCUUGAGAAAGCACCAUUACAUU